AUGCUUCCACCACCCUCUGCAAUAUAUGAAAGCAUUAUUGAACUUUUUCAAAGCGCUCAAACCUUCACCAAUUCCCAAGGUUAUGUUUUAGUGAAAAAAAGAACAUGUAAGGAUCAGUAUGGUAAUCUAAAAAAUAUGACACUGCAUUGUGAUCGGGGUGGAAUUUAUAGCAGCUCAGAAACACAUCAAAGACAAACAAAUACUCAGUUGAUUAACUGCCCUUUUGAGUUAUAUGCUAUUCGAUAUAAUAAUCUAUGGUAUAUAGAAGUCCGUAAUAUAAGAGUUACAGAAAUAACAACCUCUGGUUCACGUCCUAUGGAAAUAAUAUCAACCAUUCAUCAAAAUGAUCCAUCAGCAUUAGCAAUAAGUAAGGACAUCUAUAAUGCACAUCAGCAGCUUUGCAAAAGAAAUUUGGCAGGUCGUACCCCAGUCAAAGCAUUGAUAGAUGAGCUUAAAGAGAGCAAUUAUAUGUACGAAUACAAAUGCGAUGAUAUAGACGAAGAUGAAGAGGAUUACUUAUGGGUGUUAACAUGUAUCACUAAAUUGUUUAAUGGGGUACUACAGCCUAAGGUCAUAGUAACAGAUAGAGAGUUGGCCCUUAUGAAUGCUCUUAAUAUAACAUUUUUAAGUUCAGCUAAUUUAUUAUGCCUAUGGCAUAUUAAUAAAAACAUAAUGAAAAAUUGUAAGUCUCGAUUCGAAACGGUCAAUGAGUGGCAGGCUUUUCUCUCAGAAUGUAAUAACGUUGUUUACUCACAAACUGAGGAUGAAUUUAAUAUAAAAUGGGAAAAUUUUCUUAACACUUACACAAACAAACCUCAUAUCAUUAACUAUCUUAAGGAAAUUUGGAUGCCUUGGAAAGAAAAAUUUGUUAAGGCUUGGACUAAUAAGUUUUUUCAUUUAGGGGCAACCAUUACCUCUCGGGUUGAGAGUACACAUGCAACAAUAAAAACAUAUCUACAUACAUUAGCAGGAGCUCUUUACGAUGUUCAUGUAAAAAUUUCCUUAGCAGUGGAAAACCAAAAAAAAGAAAUAGAUACUAUGAUUGCAUCUGAAAAAAUUCGCUCUCCAAUUUUUGCACAAAAUAGUUCUUUAUACGAAAAUGGUAGAGGCAAAAUUUCUAAUUUUGCCCUUAAAAAAGUAAACGAGCACACAAUGGGUUUACUUUGUGCUCAUAGAAUCCAACUUCUUGAAAAUCAUCAAGGCUUAAUGCUUGAUGAUUUUCAUGAGCACUGGUGGAUACAAGCUCGCUUACCAAUACCACCUGUUGAAACAAACAUUCCUGAAAUACAACCUCUUUUCAAGCCCUAG